UUCUAAGAGCCAAAACGCAGCGGAUGCCGCUGGCUGGCUGACUGGCUAACUGGCUUACUUGGCUUACUUGGCUUCUUCAAAGUGGCCGACGAGGCAGGAGUGAAAUAAAAAUUGGAACAACUUCGAGGCUCGAGUCUGGAGUCUGCAGUCUGGUGACUGGAGUCUGAAGUCUGGAGCUUGUGAGUCCAAGUCGGUCCAGCGAUCCGAGCGGCAGACAGCAUGAGACUCACGUUGGCCUGGCUCAGCGUCUGCCUGGCGAUUUAUUGCGGCGGUGGCCAUGGCCAUGGCAAUGUGGUCCUAUCUUUGCCACCAUCGCUUAUCGCCACGGCCACGAAGGCGGCCUUGAGCCACCAGCAGCACCAGCCACACCAGCAACAAUACCAACAGCAGCAGAAAAAGGAUGCACGCGUCCUGUUUGACAGCCCCACCGAUGCCCUGCGCGAUAUGCUCCACAACAGCCCCAUGGAUUCGGAUCCGAGCUCGGAUUCGGAUGCAGGAAAAUUCAGCCUGCCCGAUGUGGAGCAGCCGGCACCGCGGCAGUCUGAGGAUUUUAAUCGAAACGCAGAUGAUUUAGGGGCCAGGCAAUCAGCGCCGCAGGAAAUUGCCAUGAGAAUGGGAGCGGGAAUGGGUCGCGGAUUGGGACCCAACCACUAUCGGGCCACGCCCCCUCACCGGUACUGGGGCAAUCGUUGCCAGGGACGAGCCGGUGCAUCCACCAAGUGUCCGCAGGAGUACUAUCGCACCAUGCUGGCGGCCAGGAACAAAGAGGCCCUGGCCCGCCUCCACUUGCAGCUGAGUUCGAUGCAGGAUUCCGAAUCCGAGGUGAGCUCCUCGGAUUCCGAGGAGGAUGUGGACGACGACGAGGAACAGGGCAACAAUGAGGUCUUCAUGCUGCUGACUGGCGAGCAGGAGCUCAUCAAGUUCCUGCACUGGGCCAUGCAGGUGCUGUAUCCCCUUCAACGCCCCCUGGGCAAUCUGAGUGACGGGGCUGCCGAGACCUACUAUCCUGGGAUGUUCCUCUGGAAGAAGCUGAACCUGUCAGGUCAUUUGGAGCCCCCGCUCGUUGUGGACGAGCCCCAAUAUGUGCUGGUGAGGAGGGAGAAGCUCUUCGAUGGCUAUCAACUUGGAGACAAUUUGAGCAAGGAAAACGACCCCUUCAUACCGCCUCGAGGUCGCAAGCACAACUCCCCCGAUCUCGAGGUCCUGAUGAACCGGUAUGAGCCCUUCGUGCCGAAUCGCGGCAGGCGCGACAAGGUCAAGGAUCUGUUCAAGUAUGACGACCUGUUCUAUCCGCACCGCGGCAAGAAGCAUCGCAACCUCUUCCAAGUGGCCGACGAUCCCUUCUUCGCCACCCGGGGCAAGAAGCUGCAGCUCCGGGAUCUCUACAACAACGACGAUCCAUUCGUUCCGAAUCGCGGCAAGCGGCACUCGGUGUCCAAUGGCGGGAAAUUCGGAGAGCGGGCGGGAAAAUGGCCAGAUGACAGCGACAACAACUGGCCGCAAAGAAUGUCAACGCAUAAAAUUAAUGGUUACGAUCAAUCAGUCAGGCCAUCACUGUCAAUCGAGGAUGCUGCUGCCGCUGCAGUGGCUUCUUGGCGACUGCCCGCUAAUAGAUUGCACUCGACAAGAUCAAUGUCAGCCGAUGUGCAGCAGAAGCUGCUGCUGCCCCAUGUCCGCUUCAUUGGCAAUCCGAACAUGCGCCAGCAGCAGCAGGUGAAAAUCCCAUCCUGGCCGGGAGAAGAACGCCUCCGGAGAUCCAUCCCCUCCACCCCAGGCAAGACUAUCCAGCCAAACGAUGCCCACGAGACACAAUUAACGCAAUCGCACCCGGCUAAUCCACAUUUGGACACUGAUUCGGACACUUGGAACAUUUAAAUGCGGCGAGCGAUUUUCGGUUUUGGUUUCGGUUUCGGUUUUUUCUGCUGUUCAGUUUUCGGCUUGGGGCACCUAUUUCCUCGACUCAUGUAGACAGAACUAUAUGGCACACAAUAAAGUAC